AUGGCGACGACUAUCGAGGAGCUGGACACCAUGUUCGACGACCAUCCUUCUUUAGACGCCUCUCUGCAAGACUUCGAGUCCGAAGGCAGCGUGAUCAGCCUGUCGCCCCGCUUCCAUUACCCUUCUCACCACUCCGGGAUCCUCUCCGACACCAGCUCGGAAAUCGAAGCAUCGGUUUCUGGAGGCAGAUUCAGCCCGCCCGCGUGGAGACGGGACGGCGACGGCAAUCGAAGCAGCGGCUUUUGGAAUAGAGGCACCAGCGGACUGGGCACGCCGGGAUGGAACUCGAGAGAUAGGAGUCCUGAGCGCGAGACUGCGGAUGAUGGCCAAGAUGCGACGCUCGCGGCGGCGGCCAGAACUAGGCUGCCGACCGGGUCGUUGUCACCGGAGAGACAAAGGAGUCCGAUUCCGGGCCCGCCUCCUGGUAGCAGCUUGAGUGACUUGGAUAUCAGUAACUCGGCGAGGCAGAUGAUAAGGCAGGACGGCGGCGUGCUUACUAUGCCAUCGACUGAAGAUCCGGCGACAUAUUUUCGGCUUACGCUCAACACAGAACUGCGACAGAAAAUAGCUCCAUUUGAAGCAGUUUUCUUGUUAUUCAAGAAAUGCUACGGUAUUGCAGCUAGGCCAUGGUCGUUUUUUAUAGCUUCUGCCCUUGGCGGAUUGCUUCUAUCAGUCAUUCUGGGGAUAUUGUCCCAGCCGGAAACUCCCCUUCCUGGCCCUGACUUAAUCAAGGUUGCGGGACUUGCGAGUGCUUUCGAACCGUUUAUCUUCUACUCUGAAAACGGGGCGCAACAGGUCGGCGAGCUACAGGCAUCAGGAUACGCAGUAUGGGACCUCGGAGAGACCGUUCGCUAUACAAAUAUGGCCUCAGCUCCAACAAUCGUCGAAAAUUUAGUCAGCUUGAGCGAGACUCUAGGGACAUUAACCGUGGAGCUAAUUAGGUUUUUUGCCAAUGUUGACGGCGACGUUGAUGGAAUUCUAAUAGUAAUGGACUGGGCUAAGCGGGAGCUUGCGCAAGUACGCAUGCUCCCAUCCUCUACCCUUGGCUCGGUCUUCGACAAUUUCCACAGCAUCUUCAGGCGCUGCGGCCUCUUUGAGACUUCAGCGGGAACACCUACCCCGCUUGGCAAGUUGGCGACAUCUAUAUUUGGAUUGUCCACUCCCCAGCGAACCCGCCAAACCCUCCAACGCACGUUCACCCAUUUUCUCAGUGUGCUUGAAGCAGCGAUCGAUUCCGAACUCCAACAGUCCCUUGCGCUACUCUCCCUCUUCGAAUCGGCCGAUAAACUUUUCCGGAAUUUGGCUAGUACUGUUAUCCAAGAGUCCUCAGAGCAGGAUUCUGCGCAGGACGAUAUGCUGUCAUCUUUGUGGACAAAAUUGCUUGGUCCAAAUGCAAGCACUCUGCGUAAAUUCGAGAAGAAUAAGAAGUUGCUAAGCAAUGUCCACGCCAAGACAGUACAGGAUAAAAGUGCUCUUCUUGAGUACAACAGCAGAUUAUUGACGCUGAAAUCAAAUUUGGAAAAUUUAAGGGGAAAGUUAGUUAGCCCUCUCGUACGGGCCAAUGCCAGCACGUUGGGCCUUGAAGAGCAAAUUCAGGGACUCGAGGAGGUGAGAGGACAUCUGGGUGGAUUGAGGAAGCGACAGAAGAGCAAGCUAAGGGAGAUAUGGCUUGGUGCUGGGAGGCAUAGCGAGGGUGCUGUGGUUGUGGACAAGGAAGAGAUUCCAGCCGGCUAG